AUGAAUGCUGCCGACCUGUUGGUCCGUUGUCUGGAAACAGAACAGAUCAAGAUCAUUUUUGGCGUCCCAGGCGAAGAAAACGCCGACUUCAUGAUGUCUCUUGAAAGAAGCGAUCAGAUCCGUUUUGUGCUCACUCGUCACGAGCAGGGUGCCGCGUUUAUGGCAGAGAUCUAUGGCCGCCUUACCGGUAACCCUGCCGGUUGUUUGGGAACCCUUGGGCCCGGUGCAACUAAUCUGAUCACCGGGGUGGCUGAUUCGAAUAUGGAUCGUGCGCCCAUGUUGGUACUUACUGGACAAGGUUCAACAGAGCGUCUGCACAAGGAGUCGCAUCAGGUGAUGGAUGUAGUCGCCAUGUUUGAGCCAGUGACCAAAUGGGCGACGACAGUCCUGAAACCGGACACGAUACCGGAGAUCGUUCGCAAAGCGGUACGGCUGGCGCGGACUGAAAAACCCGGUGCGGUUCACAUUGAACUACCAGAAGAUAUCGCCGCCGCCCCGGUGACCGAGCAACCGUUGCAGCCGCAACGGUUCAGACGCUCGGUGCCGGACGACAAGAUCGUUGAUCGCGCCUUCGAACUGCUGCGCGGUGCACGCCGGCCAGUCAUCCUCGCUGGCAAUGGUUGUAUCAGAAAGCGUGCGUCGAAACAGUUGCGCACGCUUUGCGAGAAGACAGGGGUUGGCGUCAUCAGCACGUUCAUGGCCAAGGGCUGUGUCGACAUGGAUGCCGGCUACUGUCUAUACACCAUCGGGCUGGGGGCAAAAGACUAUCCUGCGCUUGCGCUUGACGAUGCCGAUUUGGUCAUUACGCUCGGGUUUGACAUGGUUGAGUAUCAUCCGAAACUGUGGAAUCCCAAGCGUGACCAACGCAUUGUGCAUGUUGACUUCUUGCCAGCGGAGAUCGACCAGAACUACCAUCCUGAAGUGGAAGUUGUCGGCGACUUGGCGCAUGCACUAUGGAUGUUGAACGAGCGGUUGGACGCGGCUAGCCCCUGCGCCUUUGAUCUUGAUCGGCAAGCUGAAGUUCGCCAGCUAAUGUCCGCUGACCUGGCUGAGCAUUCCCAGGAUUCCGGAGAGGGCCCGAUAAGACCGCAAAAAGCGCUAUGGGAUGCGCGGCAGGUCAUGGGGCCGGACGAUGUCUUGCUGUCGGAUGUAGGCGCUCACAAAAUGUGGAUUGCACGCCACUACCAUUGCCACCAACCGAACACAUGCCUUAUCCCGAAUGGGUUUUGUUCAAUGGGCUUUGCUCUGCCUGGUGCGAUCGCUGCUUCUUUGGUUUUUCCCGAGCGAAAAAUACUGGCGAUCUGUGGUGACGGUGGCUUCAUGAUGAAUGUCCAGGAAAUGGAAACGGCGCGGCGGCUGGAUAGCAACAUCGUAGUGUUGGUUUGGGAAGAUGGCGGCUACGGUCUAAUUGCCUGGAAGCAGGAAACCGAAUUUAACCAUCACACCGACCUGUCCUUUGGCAACCCUGAUUGGUUGCAGUUGGCCUCGGCGUUCGGUUGGCAUGGCCAUUAUGUGUCUGCGGCAGAAAAUCUAUCGGCUACGCUGGAGGCUGCGUUUGCCCAAGCUGGCCCGUCGCUGGUUGUGAUGCCGGUGGACUAUCGCGAGAAUCCGAAACUGACGGCCAAAUUGGGUCGGAUCGCGUGUGUAAUUUGA